AUGCCACCACACGGCCGACAGCUCGGCCUAAAGGCGCCGGACCUGUCUGCAGCAUGGCGACGACGGCCGAUGCCAGCUCGGCCGGGAUGGGCGAUCCUGGCUGGCCGCUCGGUGUCGAAUGCAGCAGCUGCAGCAGAAAGGAGUUCGUCCUCUGGCCAUCCUCUGCCCGAAACAGACUGGAACCAAUUCAUCUCUGUCGGUACGUUUUUUUGUCUUUCUGUCUUUCUGCCCGUGACGGCGUAUGCUUUCUCCUUCCAGCCGCUGAUGAGAGCGGUGGCAGACCCAGACGCCAGUCGAGACGCGGCCGCUGCAACCGGCACCUUUACGCUCGCGGUCAAGGACAACAUCGCCACGACCGGGUCCGGGCUGACGACGACGUGUGCCUCGGGCAUGCUGGCCGGCUAUGUGUCGCCCUUUGAGGCCACGAUCGUGGGACAGCUGCGGACCCGCGGUGCCGUCGUCGUCGGCAAGACUAACAUGGACGAGUUCGGCAUGGGCUCGCACAGCGUGUACUCGCACGCAGGGCGGGUGGCUGCGGACACGACGAGACAGGCUGAUGAUGCGCUGUCGGUCGGCGGCAGCUCAGGCGGCUCAGCCGUGGCUGUGCGUCUGGGCGACGUCGACGUGGCGCUGGGCACCGACACGGGCGGCUCCGUCCGGCUGCCGGCUGCCUAUGGCGGCAUCGUCGGCUUCAAGCCCAGCUACGGCAUGCUGUCGCGCUUCGGCGUCGUGCCGUAUGCCAACAGCCUUGACACAGUUGGCCUGCUCGCCACUGAUGUCGGUCCUAUCCAGCGACUGAUCGUGGGCGAGCCCGGAGGGCUCUGGCAGGAGGCCGACACCGGCUGCGACCCGACGUCGCUCUCGCGCUCGACCCGUCUCCGUCUGGCUGCCCAGAGACAGGGUUAUGGAGGCAGACAGGAGGAACAGGGCAACAGAGACGUCAGCCAACCCCUUCUCGGGCUCUCCUUUGGCAUCCCGCUCGAGUACAACAUCGCCGAGCUGGACCCGCGCAUCCGGGCAGCUUGGACGGCGGCGGCCACGCGGCUGCGAUUGCUCGGCGCCAGCGUAGCCGCCGUAUCGCUGCCGUCAACGCGUCAUGCCCUGUCAGCUUAUUACGUGAUCGCGCCAGCCGAGGCGGCUUCGAAUCUGGCGCGCUACGAUGGGGUACGUUAUGGGGGUAAGAGUGGCCGAAGUGGCCAGACUGGUCAGAACAAGAGGCAGAACGACAGUCCAAGCGACAGUCAGAACGACGACAACAACAACGAAGACCCCGUCCUCUAUCAACACGUGCGUGGCGCCGGCCUCGGCCCCGAAGCUCAGCAGCGCAUCCUCUUGGGUGCCUAUGCGCUUAGCUCAGCAGCACGUGACAACUACUUUUUGCAGGCGCAGCGAGUCCGCCGGCUGGUGGUGCGUGACUUUGACGCCGUCUUCCGGCUGGCCAAUCCGCUGCGCGACCCCGAUGCGGAGGCCGGAACCACUGAGACCAACGCUGGUGCCAUCAACCUGUCCGACCUGCCCGAGGGCCUCCCGCUGGCCGACCGUCGCGGCCCCGCCCAGGUCGACUUCCUCCUCUGCCCAACAGCACCGACACCGGCUCCUCGGCUCGCCAAUGUCGUGGCGGCGCCGUCACACGUCGACGCCUACAUGAACGACGUCUUCACCGUGCCGGCAAGCCUGGCCGGGCUUCCAGCUAUCAGCAUCCCGGCACCAUCCACUGCCACCACCUCGUUCUGUCCUGGCCUGCAGCUGGUCGGUCAGUUCUGGGACGACGCCCGGCUGCUGCGCGUGGCCGAGACCCUUAUGGAGGCCGCGUUUGAGCUGCCAGAGGACCGCGAGGCCCUGCAGCGGCAUCGAUGGACAGGCGUGGCAGAGGCUUAA